UUUAAAGCUACUGCACAUCCUGUCAACGAAGAAGAACUGGAGGCUACACGUGUUUACUGCAGACAGGCGUAUACCUUUUGAAUAGUGGUGAUUUAGUAUUUCUCUAUCUUCAACUGGAAUAAAAUCAAGUUAAAAAUGCCUAAAGUCAAGGCGGAGAAGAGAAGCAGGCAGCACCAAGAGGUCAAAAACCAAGGGAUCAUGUUCAACACCGGCAUCGGUCAGCACAUCCUGAAGAAUCCACUGAUAGUCAACGGGAUCAUUGAGAAGGCUGCCCUGAGGCCGACAGAUGUUGUUCUGGAGGUGGGACCUGGUACUGGUAACAUGACGGUGAAACUGCUGGAAAAAGCCAAGAAGGUGGUGGCUUGUGAGUUGGACUGCAGAUUAGUGGCUGAACUUCAGAAAAGAGUACAGUGCACACCCAUGCAGGCCAAACUUCAAAUAUUAGUUGGAGACGUACUAAAGACAGACCUGCCUUUCUUUGACGUGUGUGUGGCUAAUUUACCCUACCAGAUUUCGUCACCGUUUGUCUUCAAGCUCCUGCUGCAUCGACCUUUUUUCCGGUGUGCCGUGUUGAUGUUCCAGAGAGAGUUUGCCAUGCGACUUGUUGCCCCACCUGGAGACAAGCUGUACUGCAGACUGUCCAUCAACACUCAACUACUGGCUCGUGUGGACCAUCUCAUGAAGGUGGGGAAGAAUAAUUUCCGUCCUCCUCCAAAAGUGGAGUCAAGUGUUGUCAGGAUAGAACCGAAAAAUCCUCCUCCUCCAGUAAACUUCCAGGAGUGGGAUGGCCUGGUCAGAAUAGCCUUUGUAAGGAAAAACAAAACCCUCAAUGCAGGUUUCAAGUCCACUGCAGUGGAACAGCUGCUGGAAAAGAACUACAGAAUUCACUGCUCUGUACACAAUGUGGAAGUGCCAGCAGACUUCAGCAUCACCAAGAAGAUUGAGAGCGUUUUGCAGCAGGUUGAAUUCAGUGAAAAGAGAGCCAGGUCCAUGGACAUUGAUGACUUCAUGGUGCUGCUUCAUGCAUUCAACGCUGCAGGGAUCCACUUUUCUUAAACGCCAGAGCGAUCUGAGGAGAACAGUGCUCUGACUCUCAUGUCUGCCUUUAUGAUGAGUGUACAAAGAAUAAUGGAAGAGACAUUUAAAGAGCUCAUAUUGAGUGUGCUAUUUUACCCUUAUAAGUAUAGAUAAAGUGUCCCUGUGCAUUCAUUGGGCAGCUUUUGGCAGAUGGAAGCUGUAUAAACCCUCUUGGUUGUGCGAGGGCUUGCCAGUGUGUGCGUGUGUGUGUUUUUCAUACAUUGAAAAAGUAUCUGUAAUGUGUGAUUAUUCUUAAGCUUGAAGCAAACUACAGCUAAUAAAUCUGAGCUUGUGAUAAUGGUAAUAAUUUGUGUGCAGUCUCCUUAAAAUGAAUUCAGAUUGUACAGAAGUCUUUUUUCUAUGCAACUCUUUUCUUGUUCUUUGUGAACAUCAUCUGACAAGCUAUGGCUGCGACUAUUGAUUACUUAGGCUGAGGAGUAAAGCGGGUCGUCCACUAAUCGGAAGAUUGGUGGUGAGAUCCCAAACUCCUCCUGUCUGCAGGGCUGUGAUCGGUUUGAGUUUAUAUUUGAGUAUAUAUUUAGACAUAAAUGGCCUGUUGGGCAGGCUGGCACCUUACAUGGCCGUCAUCUUCCACCAGUGUAUGAAUGUGACCGGACAGGCGCUAUAUGAA